AUGGCGCAACCCCAUCUGGUCCAAAGCGGUUCAAUGUUGCAUGUCCCCACGCCCAUGUCAAUGAAUACUUUCACCACCGCACCGAAGCGUCGCCGGGAGGGAGCGUGUGAUGAAUGCGCUCAGAGAAAGCGAAAAUGCGAUCAGCAAAAGCCCAAAUGCUCCGAAUGUCUGAAACAUAAUCGGCAUUGCGCUCUACAAACCUUCAAAACCUGGGACGGUCAGGGGAGCUUUGCAGGCACCAGGCAUACAUCGAAGGUCAAGACGCGUAAACGAAGUGACAAGCGUCCACGAAAUAGCCUGUCAAUACAGAUACCGGUAGACUCCUCGAAUAGUACAGAGACACGGCCGACAGUACAGGUCUCUGAAGAAAUAUCCGCAAUCGCCGCAAACUCGGAAACUCCAGUGAGCCGUGUUCAAAACAGUGUAACUAAAUUGCCAACAUCAGCCCUGAAUAUCUCAGACUAUGCAGAUAUCGAAAACACUAUCGACCUUGGAAUGGUCUGCACAGAGCUCAGCGAAGAAUUUUCGGAGUCUACGGCGUGUGUACCACUACUCCUCGAGAAAGGGCCAGUCGAACGUCAGUUUACGAACAGUCCGCUAAACUCGACCCUUCCACUUUCCAAUUACGGGCAUGUAUUUUUUCAAUCUCCCGUGUUCGCCGAUGCAUAUCAAGAAGGAAGUGCUUUGUGGGGCCACUUUGUAAUAAACGUAACAAAAUGGUUUCUUUGCUGCGGCCCAAAUGAUAUAUCCAGGGGUGCCGACUUCCAAGACCCGUACACCGUUGCACUGCCACAAUUGGCCAUGGAAAGCCCAACUUUACGCUUGGCGGCUCUUGCUUUGUCUGCCUCACAGUACACAGCAGGAGGUAGCAGCAGCAAGAGUAUGGAACAGUUAGCCUUGUCCAUGGGCUUUGAGGCGUAUCAAAAUAUCGCUGCCAGGAAGUUUAGCUUGUCUGAUGAUCGGCGUCAGUCGCUCAUCCUUGUUGUCGCCGCUGCUUUUCUACUCCUACUGGAUCCCACGACGUACUCUAGCGUUCUGUCCAUCUCGAGAGAGGCUGCUGCAUUCGUCACGGCGACGAGGGACCCCUCGAGUGAGCACGAUGACGUUGGGCUUUCUGCAAACCUGCAACUGUUCAGAUGGGUCGACUUGUGCGCACAGUGCUCACUAAUCAAAUUCGUUCCGCUCUCGACGCCGUAUGUUCAUGGCUUAUUGGAACUGGACGAGUGGGAACUAAACUUGAGCUUACCUGCCAAUACCAAGAAGAGUAUAAUACAUCCGAUGUGGUCCUUCUCAAGACGCUACAUAAACCCACUCAUCAAGCUGGCAAGACUCAUCCGGGUGAAACUCAACGAGGGCAAUUUUGCACACGACCAGACAGACAAUCUCCGACUGGACAACCAGAUAGAAGAACUAGAACAGAUUUUGCUGGACGCACGUGAAGCAGACCUGAAAGACAUGGCUGAGCACACCGACCAUAGUGCUGAGAUUUUACACCUCAAUACAGCCAUCUGCUCCGCGGUCGAACUCUUAUUUUACACUAGAUUAAAGGACGUGGCAUGGACAACACCGUUCGUCCGUUGUCAGGUCAAAAUCAUAUACGACAACAUAUCACACAUACCGCCUGAUAAGCCGACAUCAUUGGGCGUGAUCUUUCCUCUCUACUGCGCCGGACUUGAAGCAGUGGAUAUGGAGGCCCGCGACGCCAUUUCAGCUCGUCUUCGGUCCCUGCCAGGUUAUUGGUCCUUUAGGGAAGGUCGCAUAGUAGCAAGUCUCUUACAUGUUUGGGAUAUUAGGGAUCAAUACCCCGGAGACACGUGGACAGCAUGGGCAUGUAAAGAAUAUCAAGUGAACUAUUGUGAUUCUAAUCACUUCCGCAUCCUCGUGACCCAUGAAGCCUUCGCGACUGCCAACAUCAUGGCGACGACCAAGAUAGCACCCGUCAUCUGGAUCAACGGAUUCCCAGGCUGCGGAAAGCUCACAAUCGCUUCCAUUAUGAAGACCUUACAUGGAGACAUGAUCCUACUGGACAAUCACAAGCUGAUCGACCCUGUGGGAGCGAAGUUCCAGCAAAGUCACCCAGAUUACCAAAAGGAACGAUAUCUAUAUCGGCAACACAUCUUCAAAGAACAUGUGAGUGACACCACUACGUUAUCGCAAGUUGUGGUUUUCGCCAGUAAGACUUCAUUUCCUACUGCCAAUAACACUUCUUUCAUUGUCCAAGAUUACCAGUCGAACAACGAACUAGGGCAAAAGCUUGUUACAGAAUAUCUGGAAGCAGCGAGACAAGCUGGGCAACCUUUCAAGCCUGUCUACAUUACUUGCGACGUUGAUAAGAACAUAAAGCGGAUUGCCGCCCUUGAACGCGUCAACACCAGCACCAAGAAGCUCACAGAUCCUGAACUACUUCGGGAUUUCCGAUCGAGAUGCGAACUCUUCCAAUUUGACCGCUGUUCCGGUUUGACCCUCGACACGACCAACACAGCACCUAAAGAAGUAGCCAGAGAACUACUUCAGUUCAUCAAAGGUGACAACUAG